AUGGAAGGGCAGGAGGAAAGCAUGACGGAGUUCGAGAGGUGGUGGUUGCAGGCCGAGGCGGAAGCCAAGGCACCACACCGUGGACGCCGUAAUCGGUUAGCUUACCACCAGUUCGCCGACCACGAGGGCGGCCGCGGCCUCCGCACCCUCGCCCCCAUCCGCGCAGGAGAGGUGCUGGUCUCCGUGCCGGGUAGGGUGCUGAUGAACACGCGGAGUGCUAUGCGGUGCCCCGACAUUGGACCGCUUGUGGCGGGCCGCAUGGUCCGCUCGCUGCCCUACACCGCCCCACCGUCUGGAGGUCCGUCCGCCUCACCAGUUCUGCCUGCCAUACGCUAUUCACAGCCUGUGAUUCACACCGUCUUGUCCUGUGACGCGUCCCAGGAUCCAUUCUGCCAGUUGCCGACGACCUUCACCACGAGUCUCUUUUGGAGUGACGAUGAACUGAAGGAGAGCCAGAGCGAGCAGUUCAUUGGCUACGGCACGUUCGAGCCCACGCUCAGCGACUUUUGGUGGGCCAGCUCCAUCAUCAACACGCGCUCGUGCUACAUUGACAUCGCACCUUCCAUUCAGGAUCACAACACACUGGUGCCAUUUGCCGAUUUUCUCAACCACGCCAACGUUGACGCCUUCAUUUCGUACGGCAAGCACGGCAACGAGCCCCUCAUUCACCUGUACGGGUUCGCGAUCCCGGAUAACAGCGAAGAGAUCUACAACUUUGUCGACCCUCUGCAGGUAGACGUGUGCUUGCGAGAAGAGAAGGACGCUUGCCUGCAGGACGCCUCGCUCCUCACUGGGCUAAUGGGCUGCUCGCUCUAUGUCACACACAUGAACGUGAAUAGAUUCUAUGCGUGGCCGAGUGGCGAACUGUCGUGGAACUUCGACGUGGCUCUGCGCGUCUAUCUGCUCGACGAGGACGAAUUCGUGCGAGAGCGCAAGCACGAGAAGCUACUUGUCGACGAAGAAGUCGCCCUCAACAAAGCCCGCAAGCGCAUCGAGUUCGUCAUCAACCUGGCCACCAUGCUUCUUUCGGCCUACCCUACCACCCUCGAGGAUGACCAGCUAUUGAUGCAGCAGCUCGAGCAGCAGAUCGGGAAAAGCGAAAGCGAAGGUGGAGCUGUGGACGCCGAUGGCGCUGACGAGCAGCGGCGAAAGAAGCGACGAAAGAACGAAGGUCAAGAAGAAGAGGAAGCGGAAGCGGAAGCGGCACCUACGACAACGGGGUGGUGGGCGAGGCGGUGCGCGUUGGUGCUGCGGAUGGGCCGCAAGCAGAUCCUCAGCAACGUACUUCACCGCGCACGCAACGAGCUCGCGCAGUUUGAAGCGACCUCCAGCGCAUAA